CUUCAUAAAUUUUAGCAGAAUCAGCCAAAACAGCCGAUUUUCGUUCUACCAAACGGGCUCUACGUUAGUUUUGAACUAUCAGUUAAUCUUCGUGCGUUAAUGUCAAAAUCCUUCAAACAGAUAUAGAUUUUACUAUCAGCCAAGGCAUUAAAGGAACAAUUAAUUUCCUUUAAAAAAUUAAUGCUUAUCCAGUUCGAUCUUAGUCACUUUUCCCAGAUCUUAUAGUUGCAAUUGUUCAAAGCAUCUUCCCGGAGUACGUUGAAUCGACAUAGAAUUUAAGUUCUUUGCGUGAUCGUGCAAUUCUAGCCGGCACCCACACUGGCUGUUGUUGAGGUCGUAAAUGAAUAUAUGACAUCACUCAAUGUUGGUGAGAUUUCGAGAACCUAUCUUAAUUCAGACAGCGUUUCAAAGUUCGAUUGCACGACCGAUUUGAUGACCGAAUUGCAUACACCAGAAUUCUUGAAUAGCAUCAAAUUUUCUGGCGUACCAAAUCAUGAAUUAACGUUAAAGGUAGGAACUCCUGUAAUGCUUUUGUGGAAUAUAGAUCAUUCGAUGGGAUUAUGCAACAGAACUCGCCUUAUUCUAACGAGGUUGGGAGAUCAUAUUUUGGAAGAAACAAUUUUAACUGGUGUAAGUGCUGGCAAAAAAGUAUUAAUUCCAAGAUUGUCUUUGACCCCUUCUGAUUCAAGCUUGCCAUUCAAGUUUCAGCGACGACAGUUUCCUAUUAUGACUUCAUAUGCUAUGACUAUAAAUAAAAGUCAAGGUCAAUCGUUGUCACGUGUAGGAUUGUUGUUAAAAAAAACCGUCUUUACCCACAGACAAUUGUAUGUUGCAGUUUCAAGGGUUACAAAUCGUCAGGGUCUGAAAAUAUUAAUUUGUGAUGAGGUCGGAAGCACCACAGAUAUGACUCAAAAAGUUGUUUUCAAGGAAGUGUUCAACAAUGUGUAGAGUUACAUUAUAGUCAUUUAUGUAACGUUAUUCUCUUUAUCAAUUUCUUUUGUACUUCCCAACGUUUUACGAUACUUAAUCCUCUAUUUGAAAUAAUGAUAUAAUAUGUGCCCAACAGCUU